AUGCCACUCAUGGCUGAAUUGGCACAGGCAAUGAUUUCAAUACCCUAUUUGCGAAUGUCAUUAGGGUUCUUUCCAUGGCCGAUUCCCCUCCAUUUGGUGUCUUCUUCGUAUGCAACCCACUGGCUCUCAAAGAUGCCAAUCUCACAAGUCCUCUGUUUCCUCUGCUUCCUCAUCUCCCUCUCCUUCACUGAUGGGACUCAACUCAUCAUAGUGAACAACUGCAAGGACAGCAUAUGGCCCGGGAUCCUCGGCACUGCAGGCCACCCUACUCCUCUAGACGGCGGCUUCCAUCUUCCUAGUGGCGAGCAACUCCUUCUUGAAGUUCCUCAAAACUGGUCUGGAAGAAUCUGGGGAAGGCAAGGCUGCUGCUUUGAUCCAAGCACCGGCAAGGGCUCGUGCCUAACCGGUGAUUGUGCCGGCCUCUUACAAUGUAGGGGACUCGGUGGAGUUCCCCCUGCCACUCUUGUCGAAAUGACACUUGGAACUCCUAAAUCCGCCCUGCAUUUCUACGAUGUGAGCUUGGUUGAUGGGUUCAACGUGCCUAUUUCUAUGGUGCCUAUUGGCGGGGGUGUAGGAUGUGGUGUUGCUGCUUGUGAGGCUGACUUGAAUGUAUGCUGCCCGCUUGCCUUGGUCAUCAAGAAACGAGGUAGGGUUGUGGGUUGUAAGAGUGCUUGUUUGGCUGCAAAGACAGAUAGGUACUGCUGUACUGGGGAGUUUGCAAAUCCAAAGAGUUGUAAGCCUAGUGUUUUUGGGCAUCUUUUUAAGGCUAUUUGCCCCAGGGCUUAUAGUUAUGCCUUUGAUGAUUCUACAGGGCUUAAGACAUGUGUGGCCCCUAGGUAUGUCAUCACAUUUUGUCCCCCGAACUUGGAAUGA